UCCCUUCCUCCUCCACCAAGAAACGACUGUAGAGAAAUAUAACCGUUGGCUGCCCUCCUUUUAUUUAAACUCCUCCAUCUCCUUCUCCUUCCCACUCUCUCUCUGCUUUCACCAAUCUAUCUUUGUCUUUCCCUCCCUCUCUCUCGCGUAGCGUCGCCGUUGGUCGUGGUGAUGGCUGCCAUUCCGGCUGUUUCCUCCGCUCUUGCCCUUGUGCUGUUGCUAGUCAUUGCUUCGGAGUGCAGCGUAAGCAUAGCGAAUGAACAGAACGCGGGGCACACGACGUGGUGCGUUGCGAAGCCAUCUUCUGACGACAACACAUUGCUCAACAACAUUCACUUCUCGUGCUCGCAGCCGCACGUCGAUUGCGGGACCCUGCAGAAAGGUUGUCCAUGCAACAUUCCAGACACGCUCAUCAACCAUGCCUCCGUCGCCAUGAACCUCUACUACCAAGCCUACGGACGCAACCCAUGGAACUGCCAUUUUGGCGGCUCUGGCCUCCUCGCUUUCACCAACCCAAGUUAUGGAAGCUGCAUCUACUCUUAAGAGGAAGGAAUAUCGAAGGACAACAACCAUAUAGAACCUCUUGGAGCAAUCCUGCUACUAGUUAUACCUGCACCCCCUUGCUUGUACUCAUUCCGACUUAGCUCCAGCUGUUCUUGCGAAUGCCAUGUGACUUGAGGUUAUAAUAUGAAAUUAAGAAAGCUUGCUUUGUGAUCA